UGUAUUCAACUCAACUAAGACAGAAGGAGGAAGAAGAGAAGGAGGAAGGGAGAGAGACAGAAAUACAGAGAGUGACAGAGAGCCACAUAACAUGAAAUGAGAAACAACAGCUAAACAUAAAGAUAGAGAUAGGGAGAGUAUAGAGAGCAAAGUGUGGAUCUGUAAUAUGAGAGAAGAGGAAUAAACUGCUGGCUGACGCUACCAGUCGUCUGUUUGUCCACCCGCAGACAUGUCCUCCCGAGCAGAGAGUAAGACAGCCUCCCAGUUUGCAUCUCUCACCUUGAAGCUGAAGGACAAGAUCCACUCACAGAAGAUCAGACGCUUUGAGCGAAUGAAAUACAACCCGUCACAGAAAGUCAAACCACCUGAUCUGAACUUGGAGCAUGAACACACACUAGAACACAAGUCUCUGAGUGGGUUGGCAGACCAAGAGCGAGCCGUCAUCAGCUCUCUUCAGUACUUCAAAGCUCUGGUGGACAGACUGGGAAUGGACAAGCUGGUUCUGGACCAGACUGCAGUGGGCGGUUUGCUUGGUGGAGCUUCCAGUGGAGUCCUGGAGACAGUACAGACUCUGGUCAAGCUUGAGUCUCAUUUGCACAGCAGUAGGACCAUUUCUUCCUGUCUCACUCGUCUCUACCAGUCUGUGGCUCAGCUGAUUCGUUGGGUCGAUAAGGUAAUGUUGCAAGGAGUUGCCCAUGAUACCAAAGAGUCCAAAGCAAGUGUCUGCCUGGCAAUCCGAGCAGUUCUGGAUGGGGUAAAGGAACUUGUUCGGUUGGCUUCAGAGAGACAAGAAGGCUCCGUCCCCUUGUCCCCUGUCCAAACACAGGCUGAUGUGGAACAGCCAGGUGGUUUUAACAAUCAGCUGACGCCAAGGAAGAAUUCUGCCCCCCAGAGUCCAGAAGCUCCUUGCAAGAAAGAGGCGGAGUUGGUGAGGUUAGGGAGGAGGAGCCUGGAUGACAUACAUUUAGCUCCUCCUAAACCCCCAAUGCCUGUCCAAGAGCUCCUCCCCAUGGUGCCAUCGCAGCAGGGACCCGGUCCUCCAGCAUUGCCGCCAAAGAAACGUCAAUCUUUACCAGGGCCCACCCCCUGCAGGGUUGCCAUAGUAGCACCAAUGAGACGAGAACCAGAAGCAAAAAGUCAGCUACAUCAAGAGGAGGGCGAGGAGUAUUUCAAACGUUGCUCUACUUUAUCUGGAGACUCUACUGCUGAAAAAACGAACAGUGAGGAAGAUCCAGACUAUGACUUCCUCCACACUGAUCUCUCCUCCUCUGAGACUCUCCCAGCUCUUCCUUCCCCCUCCUCCCUUCCUCCUGCCCUGCCAGAGAAGAGACGUCAGAGCACUGCAGGAAACACCAGCUCUCAGGACGUAACUUCUUUCGGAUUUGAUCCUGCCCCUAUUGAGCCAAACCCUGCUCUGCCUGAUGACCUCAACACUCCUGAUGAGUCUCUGUCCUCCCCUCUGUCUCCCGGCAAGACACCCCCUCCUCUUCCUGAGAAGAAGCGACACAUCCAUCAGUACCUCCAGUUCUGUUCGGCCUACAGCGGCCAGUCACCAGCCAUGUUUUACCAGCAACCUUUGACCUUUCAACAGCAAUAUAGCAGCAGGCAGCGAGAGGUGGAGGACACCUACCAGCUCACACACCUAGAAACACACCUAGAGAAGCAAAUAACAGACUCCACCCCCUCACCUGAGCAACUUCCUACUCCAAUUCUACCACCUAAGAAGAAACCGCAGGAUACAGUUGAAACCAAGCCUCAGUUUGACAAUCACCAGCCCAGAGAAAGUUCCCAGAGCCUCCAACAAGAGGAAGAGCCUUUCGACAGGAGCAUAGAGCAACUUGGGGACAAGGAGGAGGUGUUAUUGACUGACCAGCAGGAGAUCCUCCAAAGAAUCACAAUGAAAAAUGAGGAGGAGGAGGGGCCAGACGUGAAAGCCGCCUCUCCUGAAAUUCUAUUGGUCUUCGCCACAGAGACUGACAGAAACAACCAAGGCAUGUACCGUGAAGCCUUCCUCUCCACCUACAGAAGCUUCAUCAGCCCAAAUGAUGUCAUCAUCAAACUACAGCAGAGGUACAGAUACUUGUGUGGAGGACGUAAACCUGCAGAUCUGACAAGUGCCAAGAAGACCUUUCACCUUCUGAUCAGGGUGGUCGACGAGCUGUGUGCAAUAGAACUGGAGUCUGAUUUGCUACUGCUGUUGAUGGACCUGGUUUUCAUGCUCUUGAUUGGUGGAGAGCUGGAAUUGGCUCAGCUUCUGCGUUCUAAUAUCCUGUCCAAGAUGGAGCAGAGGUGGCAGCUGAUUGGCUCACCUCAGUCCCUCCGCCCCCUUGCAGCCAGGGGUGUGGCUGCAAGACCAGGAACUCUUUUGGACUUCAGGAGUCAGGAUUUAGCUGAGCAGUUGACUCUGAUGGACGCUGAGCUCUUCUACAAGAUUGAGCUUCCAGAGUUGUUGCUGUGGUCCAAAGAGCAGAAUGAGGAGAAAAGUCCAAACCUGACACUGUUCACGCAACAUUUCAACAACGUUUCUUACUGGGUUCGUUCUGUCAUCAUUCUUCAAGACAAACCCCAAGAAAGAGAGAAAUUGCUGCUGAAGUUCUUGAAAACCAUGAAGCACCUGCGGAAACUUAACAACUUUAACUCAUACCUGUCCAUUCUGUCAGCACUUGACUCAGCCCCAUUGCGACGCCUUGACUGGCAGCGAAACACAGCAGAGACUCUUGAGGAGUACAGCUCUUUGAUUGACAGCUCCUCAUCGUUUAGAGCUUACAGGGGAGCUCUAGCUGAAGUGGAACCGCCAUGCAUACCCUACCUGGGUUUGAUCCUCCAGGACUUGACCUUUGUCCACUUAGGGAAUCCUGACAUGGUGAUGACAUCACAGGGAUCAAAGAUCAACUUCUCCAAACGUUGGCAGCAGUUUAACAUCCUGGGCACCCUGAGGACAUAUCAGCAAGUUCCUUACUCUCUGCAGCCAAACGAUGACAUCAUAUCAUUCUUUAAUGACUUCAGUGACCACCUUGCAGAAGAAGCGCUGUGGGAACUCUCACUCAGGCUCCGCCCAAAGAAUGCCCCACGAGCCAAUCAGAGAUGACAGGUUAAACCAGGGCGAAGGAAAAGUUGCCCUGAUGACCUGGAAGCAUCAAAAGGCAAACUUUAGCGUUAGCUUGAAGCUUGCAUGUGGAGAUUGAGGAUUAAAGAUGAUAAGGUGCUACCACGACGGAAACCUGGUACUGAACGGGACUGGAAAGUUGUUGGUCUUGUCUACAUGUGUCAAAGACAAAAAAAAAAACGUAUUAAUAACAUGGCUUAAUGUUUGCUGAAGAAUGUAGAUCUGGACUGUUCCUGCAACAAUCAACAAUGUAAAUUGAUAUAAAUACUUAAUACUUUGUUAAGCUGGGCGUGAGCAGGUUAGUGUUAUUACUGAGCUAACCUUUAGUCCCAUUGGAAGUGGUCUCUUCCUUUGUCUGGCCUCAGAAGUGUACAUGUGUUAAUAGCAAUAUUGUAAUAAACAUCAAUACUCAUUUGUCUGUCAAGAUUCCUCCUUAUCUUAUUAGUUUGGUAAAACUUGACCAGCAACAUACUUGGAAACAUGUCACAGUUUCUUGACAGCCAAAUGAAUCAGGCAGGUUACAGGUUCAACUGACCAUAAAGAACUAACAACAUUUUGCCUCAUUUAAACACCUACUUGUAUAAAUGCCAGUGUGCCAAAAGCUGUUGUUCAACUUCAUGGCAGAAAUAAACAUGUUUACUUUA